AUGGUUGCUACACGCUUCCAUUUUGUUGUCCUUCACGAGAGACCAAGUCCGCUCGACGAAUUGCUAUUGUCUGUGGAAGAUGCACCACCACGGUUGACGUGGAGAAGGAAAUGGAACCUGGUCAAGCGUACCGCCAUUCCGUUCAUGGUGCCUCUUUUCGUCGUAUACCUGGCAGAAUAUUUCAUCAAUCAAGGUCUCCUCGAACUGAUCUAUUUCACGAAGUUUGUUUUGAGCCACGAUUCGCAGUACCGCUGGUUACAAGUGAUCUAUCAGCUUGGGGUUUUCGUGUCCAGAUCGUCAAUUCUUCUGUUCAGGAUCCGGCAUAUUUAUUUUUUAUCAUUUUGUCAGGUGGUGAAUGUCGUGAUUUUUAUGUUACAAGCAGUGUUUGGUUACCUACCAAAUUUUUAUGUGGUGGUCACGCUUGUUCUCUUUGAGGGGCUAUUGGGAGGAUUAACGUAUGUAAACGCGUUUUUCAGGCUACGAUGUGAGAUGGAACCCAAGGAAGAGGAAGAAUUUGCCUUGUCUGUUACUUCAUGCGCUGAUACAUGUGGAAUUGCCGUGGCUGGAGCUCUUGCCAUCCCGACUCAUACCUGGCUGUGUGGAGUACCUCUACCAUGACUGAUUUGUUUUGAUGAUACAAAGCUGAUCAACCGCAGCUCCAGCUUACGAUGUAAUGGCAUUGAGAGUUGUUGUGUAUUUACCGUACUUCGUGGUAAUGUAAAUUUUGAGAAUGUUAUGUGGCAUUGAAUGAAUUUUUCUAAGUUUAUGAAAUUACCGGAAA